AUGGCUCCUCUCAUCCGCGUCAUUGGCUCCCUCAAUGCCGACAUGGUAUCCGUCACGCCCCGCUUCCCUGACCCAGGCGAGACGAUCACCUCUUCCUCGUACUUCACCAGCGCCGGCGGAAAAGGCGCCAACCAAGCCGUCGCCUGCGGGCGAAUGUCACGACCCCAACCUUCCACCGAAGGCCUGAAUACCCAAAGCGAUGUCCUCGUGGAAAUGGUCGGGGCCGUCGGGGCAUUGGACGGCCACUUCUCGGCGCUACUGAAGCCAACGCUAGAGAAAUCCGGCGUCGACCCGUCACGCUCAUCAUCGUCGACUCAUCAGCCGGUGGCGAGAACAGGAUCUUAUUCUCCCCCCGGCGCAAACUACGACGGCAUGCAGCCGAUUCCAGAAGUGCUGGGAACUGCUCUGGCGGCACCAGUGCCAGAUGUGAUUGUCAUGCAGGGAGAGAUCCCCGUCCAGACGGUGAUUGGAAUCUUGCGCGAGAUUGCCGAAUAUAAAUCCAAGAGCCGAGCUGCUGGCAAGCGCGGUAUUGAAUGCGGACCCGACGUCAUGCUUAAUCCUGCACCUGCACCACCAGGAGGUCUACCCGAGGAUGUUUACGCAGCGGUGGACCACCUGAUUCUGAAUGAGACAGAGGCAGAACUUAUGACUCCACCGAUGGACCAAUUGUUGCGUGUUGUUCCAGACGCGGAGGGUCUGGAUGGCAAGGAGAAGGUUGCGCGGUAUUUCCACAAGCUGGGCGUCACUUAUCUACUCAUUACGCUUGGGUCCAAGGGAGUCUGGUACAGUUCUAUGGAUGGCGGGUUGACCGGUCCCAGCGAUGGCGUGCAACGCUUCACCAAUGAGCUCCCUGCGGCCCCGGUAUCUCAAGUUCUCGAUACGACGGCGGCGGGUGACACAUUUGUCGGAGCAUAUGCGGUCAAGGUGGCGCGGUGGCGGGAACAGCGUCGUGUCGAGAGUAAGGCGGGUCAAGACGUCACGGAUACUGAGAAGCCGCAUCGGUUUAAGGAAUUCAUGGAUGAGGCGAUGCGGUUUGCAGCACGCGCCUCGGCGCGUGCGGUUGAGCGUCAGGGAGCAAUGGAUAGCAUUCCAUUUGAGAAUGAAGUGUGA